GACCUGUCAAAAGAAUUCAAAAUGGCGUCGUCGGCCAACUUGACGUUGUGAACGUCGCAAAAAAUCACUUUUUCGGUUAAUUUUUUAAUUUAAUUUUUUCAUUAAAACGUCUCCGAUGUUACAAACACACCUGCAAGUUCAAGUGUUAAGUGCUUAAACCUCAAACAUGUUGUAUUAAAAAAGAAAAAACAGAGUGAACCAUGGAGGCAAUGCAAUAUGAGUUGGCUCGAAACAUGACGUUGUUGUUCUUUUUCGAGCGCCUAUUAGAUAAGGGCGAACCAAGAACCCUUCACGAUUUGAGUUGUCAAUUUGGCUCAAAGGGCUUCACCAAGGAAAUGCGCCAAAUCGCCGGAGGGUCACAAAGUGGCCUUAAGAAGUUUCUAGCACAAUAUCCGGCCCUUUUUGCGAUUGAGGGUGAAUAUGUUACAAUAAACAUGUUCCAGAAUCUGGGGAGUAAAGACAGCCCUGGGGGCAAAGACUACACAACUCAAGCCGUUGAAUAUUUCUCCGAAAAGUUGUCCCAAUAUGGUGAAGGCACCGAAGUCCCAAUUCGCAGUCUUUUGGGGCACCGUUCCCAAGCCAGUCCAGAGGUACGUCACGUUUCGGGCCAACACUUCCACGAAUUCAGGGAAUUUCUUCUUAAACAUCCCGACACAUUUACAAUUGACGACGAAAAAGAAACCGUAAUUUUAACAAAUUAUACAGCCGUUCGCUCGCAUUGCCCCCCAGAGCUGCACUUCCAACCCGACGUUAAAAUCGACCCUGAAACCACACAAACACUCCUCGAUUUUCUUGCUCAAUGUAUCGAAGUUAAAGGGCCGAUUUUAGUCGAACAGUUGUUCCAAAUCGUCAGUUGUAACCUACCAGAGGCUAUGUGGACAAAUUUAUUUAACACACCGGCACACUUGACCAGUUUUUUGCGUCUUUUUUCGGACAGUUUUCACAUCCAAGCCAACCUAGUGACAUUGCUGCAGCCCCCUAAAGUCAGUCAGAAGCAUUUAAAUUUGGAUUUGGAGGCGAAAAAUGCCAAAAAUUUAAACAACUGUCAAGAUAGUUCGAGUGAGAUUAUUGAAAGGGCGCCACCGGUUACUAGUCCCAAGUCAAUUAGUGAUAGGUUGAAACAGCCCAAAUUGCAACAAAAACAACUAUCUGCUGAAGCGAAAAGUUUAUCACCCGAACCGCCUAAACAAAAAUCACCGCCUUCUAAUCAAAGUCUCAAACAGAGGAUUAAUAAUCUCGUCUUGAAAACGUUGCAAGAAAAUACGGGGCGUGAAAGACAGUCGUUUCUCAAUAAUCAAAGUCAUAACGAGUCAUGGAAAGUCAAGUUGUUUCAAAAUACGCGCGUUAUAUGCAGUGUCAGGGAAUGUCAAAUGGUGAUUGAUGACAUUAUGUCAAAGGUUAAGUCUCAAAUGUCUAAUGAUUGGCCGUUUGAUGACGAUCAAGUCGUCGUUGGAUUGGACUGUGAAGGGAUUAAUUUAGGGGUUAAGGGACAAUUAACUUUGCUUCAAAUUGCAACAAUGAGUGGAUUUUCGUACGUUUUUGAUUUGAUAACAUGUCCCGGAAUGAUUGAUUCCGGUUUAAAAAAACUACUCGAAAGUUCACAGAUUGUUAAGAUUGUGCACGAUUGUCGUAACGAUUCCGUUAAUCUUUUCAAUCAGUUUAACAUUACCCUUAAUACAAUUUUCGAUACUCAAGCAGCACAUGCUGUUCUAACGUUUCAAGAAACUGGACGUCCUGUUUAUAAGGCGAAAAGUGUAGCGUUAAACGCCCUCUGUGAACAUUAUGGUGCACCAAUUAAUCCAAUGAAAGAUCAACUCAAGAAUAUUUAUCGACGUGACCAGAAAUAUUGGUCAAGAAGGCCAUUAACACGUGAAAUGAUUUUGUAUGCGUCUGCUGAUGUUUUAAGUUUGGUUAAUGAGAAAAUUUAUUAUCCCAUGUCGAAGGCGAUUAAGAUGGAGAAUCGGCAGUUGUUUUUGGAGUUGUGCCAUGAACAGAUUUUCAUGCACAUCGACCCUGAAUCUGUCAAGGGCCGCAAACGUCAACGCAAAACCGAAACCGAAGUGUCAGAAUUACGUCAAAAACUGUCACAAGCGACAAAAAAUGUAGUUUUAAGUAAUCGUGAAGUGCGACUUUUGCGUUACAUUGAAUUAACCGAAGAAGAGAAAGAGAAAUUAAAAUCGUCGGCAAAAGUUGCAAAAAAACUCGAAAAAUUGGAAAGUUUAGGUCAGGAUAAUAGAGAUGAUGAUGAAGAUGAUGAGGAUCAGGAUAAUGAUCCUGAUUAUCCUAGUUUAGAGAGUGAUAUGACGUCACCACGUAAUUCCGAACCAACAAGUCUUACAGAAUCAAUGCAAUUAGUUGAUUCGAUUUUAAACGAUAGUAAGAUUGAAAAAUUGGAUAAAUUGGAUCGUUUAGAGACGAUUUUAUCGACGGCUGCGUUUUUACCGACUGGUGGUAAAUGUCAAUGUCAGUGUCAUAAAAAUGGUUAUAAUGGCGAAAGGGUUAUUUCGCCAACUAGUAGUUUCAAAGGUGAGGAUAGAGAAGUAGAAGUUAAGUCGAAUCAUUCAAAUAUUGGUACUCAAACGCUAAGUACUGGAGAUAUAGUCGUGACGAAGAUUUUUUUUAAUGAAAAUACUGAAUAGCUCAAUGGUCACGUGGCCUUAUUGUAUAGUCGGUUGUAUAUAAUUAUUAAUUAUUUGAUCGAGCUGAUUUUACUUAAUGUUAUCGAGCCAUAUUUUUAAUAGUGUUGUUAUGGUGAUUUAAUUUAUUGUUUAUGAGACGACAUCAGUCUUUGUUUCUUAAAUAUUUUCGUUAAGACAACUAAGACUUGAGGAAUAACGGUAUUAACAUUGUUAAGCAAUAUUUAUGUGUUAUUAACAUGUAUUAUUUUUGCUGGUAGAGGAUUUUUAUUAUACUGUAAUGAUGCAAAAAGAAAAUAAAUACAGUACUAAAAC